AUGAUCUUCUGGAAGCUUUUGUCUGCUCUCGAGCGCGCCUCGAGCUACAUCAAAACACAAAGCCUCAACCUGAUUCGGGCUGUUUCAAAACCCGCAUUCCGGUCGAGCAGGACUUACACGAGAGUGGAGAAUGCCAAAUCGCAUCGAGUAGUCCCUAUUCAUAUGUGGGAUCUGCCACUGCGUUCGGCUGUGGUUUAUCAUCUGUCGAGGUUCAAUGCGCCACUGGACGCGAACAAGCUCAAAGAUUCUUUGGUCAAGCUCAUCGAUCGCGAUGGUGGCUGGCGCAAACUAGGUGCUCGGUUACACCAGAACGUAAGCAUGGUCUUUGAGAUGUCAAGUCGAAGGAAAGCUGACCGUGUGUACUUCAGNGACCAAAAAGCGCUAGAGUUUCAUAUCCCAUCUCAAUUUGAUACCGACCAACCUGCAAUCGCAUUCCACCACGAGAUCAUUCAAUCGUCUAUAAGCGAGCAUCCACUUGCCUCACGCUUGCCUUCGGCCUCUCAAAGGCCAGAAUUGGUCGCAUGUGCCAGCGACUUUGUUCCUCUUAUGCGCCGUAAGGGUGAUCCAGAAUCUCUCGAGGAUUAUCUCAACACGGACCGACCUAUGUUAGGACUGCGUGUCAUAUCGUUCGAUGAUGCCACUCUGGUGACCUUAUCUUUCAGUCACCUCCUCCUCGACGGAUUGGGAGGAAAGGCGGUGUUGGAUGCAUGGUCUCUCGUACUGCAAGGCCGUGAGCAGGAAGUCCCGGAUUUGCAGGGAGUCUACGAAGAUCCUCUUGCCACAUUGGGAACCCAACCUGAGGUUCCUUACAAACACGAAUCGCGUGUGAUGGGCAUUUGGCAGCUCAUCCUGUUUGGCGUUCGUGCUUUUGUCCGAAGGACUUUCUUCAAGUCAGACAUCAAGGAUUAUGUGGUAUGCGUCCCUGGCUCGUACGUCAGGAAGCUCAGAAGCAUGACCUUCAGAGACAUCGCUGAAGCUAGUGAUCCAUCAGCUGCGGUACCAUUUCUGAGCGACAGUGACGUACUUUGCGCUUGGUGGUCCAGAUACAUCGCCUCCUGCAGUUCGAAGCAAGAAACCGAGACAUUCGUCAUCAACACCCUGCUGGGACUGCGACCAGUCCUGACUCCGGAACUUCUUCGCCCUGAGAAUCCAUAUGUGUCCAACGCGGUUAUGAUGAUGCCUACCUUUGUUACAGCAGCACAACUUCUCGCGAAACCCUUGGGCGAAAUUGCUCUAUCGAUUCGGCAGACAAUCACUCAACUAAGCACGAGAGAACAGGUAGAAGCUCGGUUCUCAUUAGAUCGUGCGUGGCAGCGAAGAACGGGUUAUCCAGCGCUCUAUGGAGAUCCCUGGAUGCGAAUGAUUAUCUGCACAAAUUGGAUCAAGAGUAAAAUCUACAAAGUAGACUUUUCUCCCACUCUCCUAGACAAAGGGUUCAACGAUUCGAAACCUGUUUGUCCCACCUAUAACCAAUUGCAUGCUAUCAUACAGGACUUCGACCUCAUCAGCGGUUUCGCCAUCUCGAAGGAUGCGGAUGAUAACUACUGGAUCUACUCACAACUGGAAGCUAAGCACAGAUCGAAAGUAGAGCAAAUGCUCUCUGCUGAGUAA